AUGUAUGCCAGCGUGUUGAACGGUCUCUGUAUACAGGCAUGCGUGCGGGUGGCUAUUGUUUGGAAUGCUGUCUCCCUGUGCGAAUUUUCUUCAGCUCCAUCUGGACCAGACGAGUGUGUGCAUCGGUGUUACGUGAAAGGAAGUUGGGAGGAUGUGCGAUGGACGAGGAAGAAUCUGCCGAAUGAUUCAAAGCAAUAUCACCCACCUUUACUCACCUCCACCUAUCGUCGACAGGGUGGCACCAGAGACGCGCCAUUAACAUGUCAGUCUGUCAGUAAGCUCCUCCUCCUACUUCUUCACUAA